AUGAAAGCCACCACUCCGACGGAUCAACAGUUCUAUGAUGCACUCUCGCCAGACCUCAAGCGACAGGUUGAUGCACAGAGACUUGCUGCACAGCGCAAGGCAGCAUAUGCUGAACAGCUCAAGAGAGCAAAAGAUCAAGACGAUACAGCGCCUGUAUGGGCCGAAGCUGUCAAAAUCAGGGAUUCGACUCCUCCGCCUCGUGUCUAG